AAAUUAUAAAUGUAUAAUAUGAUAUGUUGGAUUAGGAAAACUACCAUUGUUGUUGUUCCUUCCAUAGUCUCUCAUCUGCGCUCGUGGCUUUCCCAAAUCGAAGAAGGUCCCUUGGCUACUUACACUCAGAUCUAUCUCUCUGAGAGUAGGUUUUCGAUCAGUCCGAGCAAACAUGGAUUCCGACGCGACCGUGCCACUGAGCGAGCGCCCGGAGUGGUCCGACGUUGUCCCGUUGAGUCAGGACGAUGGUCCGAACCCGGUGGUUCCGAUCGCUUACAAGGAAGACUUCCGCGAGACGAUGGAUUACUUCCGGGCGAUUUACCGCUCCGACGAGCGUUCUCCUCGCGCGCUGCGACUCACGGAAGAAGCUCUCCGCUUAAACUCCGGCAACUACACCGUGUGGCACUUCAGGCGUUUAGUACUCGAGGAGCUUGACCACGACUUGUUUGAGGAGCUCAAGUUCAUCGAAAGCAUUGCUAAGGAUAACUCUAAGAACUACCAGUUGUGGCAUCAUCGGAGAUGGGUUGCAGAGAAACUGGGUCCUGCUGUUGCAGGAAAGGAACUUGACUUUACUCGGAGCAUACUAUCAGUUGAUGCCAAACAUUAUCAUGCUUGGUCACAUAGGCAGUGGGCACUACAAGCAUUAGGUGGAUGGGAAAAUGAGCUUGAUUACUGUCAUGAGCUCCUUGAAGCUGACGUCUUUAACAACUCUGCAUGGAAUCAGAGGUAUUACGUUAUUACUAGAUCUCCUUCGUUGGGGGGCCUAAAACCCAUGAGAGAAUCUGAAGUAAGCUACACAGUCAAAGCCAUUUUAGCAAAUCCCGGGAACGAGAGCUCUUGGAGAUACCUGAAAGCCCUUUACAAAGACGACACAAAGUCUUGGAUUAGUGACCCAAGUGUUUCCUCAGUCUGUUUGAAAGUUCUCUCACGCACGGACUGCUUCCAUGGAUUCGCUCUCAGCACCGUUUUGGAUCUUCUAUGCGAUGGGUUGAGACCAACCAACGAGCAUAGAGACUCGGUGAAAGCUCUAGCUAAUGAAGAUCCAGAGACUAACUUGGCCAAUUUGGUGUGUACCAUUCUGUGUCGUGUUGAUCCUAUAAGAGCUAACUAUUGGGCAUGGAGGAAGAGCAAGAUUACAGUGGCAAUAUGACCACACUUGAAAAAGCUAUUUUUUUUUUUACGUUUUAAUCUACUGCUUUUUCAUGAAACAUACCGUACAUCAAAACAAAUCUUGAUUUUCUUGGCUUCCCUUUUUAUUUUUUUUUAUCAAUGCAAAAUCUAAUGAAUGUCAACACUAACGUGUAGUAUUGGGUUUGGAGUAUUCAAACCCGGUUUCAUCAAAUAAAAAAUACAAUCGCGGCUUGGGAUA